ACACUUCUCUUAAAAUAAGAUACAGAUACAUACACAUAUAUAUAUAAAGAGUAAAACAGAAAGAGAGAGAGAGAGAGAAAAGUAAUUAAACCGACAGAAAAAAAUGCUGAGAACCUUUAUCAUUUUGCUUAUCUGCAUGUCCUUUAUGGCAGCCGUCAACUGUGAUGGCUAUGAAUCCCUAGAAUUGGGAAUGGACAGAUCAAGACGUAGAUGGGUUGAUCCUCGUCAUAUGAUGUUCAAAAUGUACCUUCAAUGCCUAAGAAACAAUAGUGACGAACCAAAGUGCCUCCAAGCUUAUAAGACAAUGGGUGGAGAGGACCAAUUUCGAAAGAUGUGAAUUCUUUUAGUAUAACAAGCACCCCUUCUAGGUUCUACAAUAGUUUUACAUCUGUUUUUGCAUGUUUUUGACCUUAACCAAAUAAAAAAUCACGUCUUUUUUUCUUUAGUAUUUUUUUAUGCCUUACUUCUUAAUAUGUUAUUCAAUGACUUAUGUUGGUAUCACAGAAAAAGGAGAAAGACAUCUUGUAAAAUUUUCCUUUCGUUUGUUGCAAAUACAAAAAGCCUUUUUCCUCUUUUCUUCUUCUCCUUCGUCUCGUUCCCAAACUAAAUGUCGAAAAUUUAACAAGAGUAUUAUGUGAUAAAAUAAUUCUUCUCAGUUAAAUUAACCCUUGGUCACAAGUUACGGAUCUAUCAAGCAACUUUCUAUAUCUAUAAGUCACUUAAAGUAAAAAAUAGAACAAUAAAGGAAAGGCCAUUUAGAUGGACAGUUAAAUAAAUUAAAAGAGAACGAAUAAUAGAAAAAACACAAAAAAGAAAAAAUACUUCCCUUUUACUUUCUUUACCAGUAUUUAAAAAACAGAAAGGCAAGAAGUCGUUCAAAAGUGACAGAAGCCUUUUAAAUGUGUCAUCAAUUUGGUUAGUAUUAGUAGAUCUGUCGAAAAACUUUGCCAAUAGAGUACUUAGUGAAUUUAAUGAAUAUUUAUCAAAAUAUACAAGUACAUUACUUAUUUAAUAGAGGUUAUACGACCCGUCCAUUCUGAUAUAUCCUGAUAGUAAGAAGGUCGUAAUGGGCAAUUGAUAUUAAUAGGGAUGUACGAUUAGAUGGUAGAAAAUAGGGGAAAGAUGAGAUCAUUAGAUUGUUGUUCUUUCCAUAUAUACACACAACUAUCAUUUUUUUUAUAAACAUAGGACAGACUCUUUAUAAAGAAUACCCUUUUUAUGACGAGUAUUUACAGAAAGGAUGACUGAUACUACAUGUCAUUUUCUCUCUAAUGUAUUUGAAAUCAGAUAUAUAUCAUAUAGUAAGUAUAUAUACGGUAUCUACAAUAUUUCAUGAUUAUUGAAAAUGAAACAAAAAUAGAUUACACUCAUAUUAGAUAAAACAACUCCUACUUGAAAUAAUAGCUGCUUUAUCAGUUGGCAAGUUCAUUGCUACUAUUACAAAUUCUUUCGUUUAUUCAUACUAAUAUAAAAACGGAUUUAAAUUACUUGUAUAGCCUUUGGAAUAUAACGUAGAAUCUAAUCUUUCAUUCCCAGUUAUGGUUUAGAUGCAGUAAAUUAGGAUAAUUAUCUCCUUUUCUCUUAGUAUGCUGUCGAAAUUACCAACCUACGAGACUCUUCGUUUAUUACUUAAGAAAAGAAAGAGCAGCUCGAGAAAAGGAAAAACUAUUAAUUACUAAGGAAGAAUUACAUGCAUCGAAAAGAGAAGAGUUCAAUAAUCCAAGUUGAAAGAUUAUAAUAAAGAAUCCAGAGUUAUAUUUAUAUAUAAAUACACUGUAUAGUGUCUUGUAAAGGAA